UAAUAAAAUAUUUCAUGUAGUAUACCUGUAUAAUUGUAUAUGAGUUCAAUCUAAUAUUUGUUGUUAUUUAAGUUUGGGGGUUCUUUCUGGUUGUAAACUUCUGCCAUGGCUGCUAAAUUAGGGUCCUUUAGGCACACUUUUGCAGAAAGAAGAGAGCUUGUGAAAUUGUUAUCUGGUAAAAAGAGCUCUUCAGAAAUUUCAUCAACUGGGUUGUACAUAAACAACAAUAUAGAACAAGAAGACAAGGGUUUUGGUACUAAAAAAGUUGUAAACUUUUGGAAGAAAUUAAAAGAUGUUGGUGUUAAAGGUUUUGAGAUGGGUCGGGCUGAUCCGAGAAAGAUUGUCUUCUCUGCGAAAAUGGGCUUGGCUUUGGUGCUUAUAUCUUUCUUGAUUUUCUGGAAAGAACCCAUUAAGGAACUCAGUUCUCACUCUGUUUGGGCUAUACUCACUGUUGUUGUUGUAUUUGAGUUCAGUAUUGGUGCAACCUUAAGCAAAGGAUUUAAUCGUGGAUUGGGGACACUAUCAGCUGGGGGGCUUGCCCUUGGGACGGCACAUUUAUGUGAAUUGGCCGGAGACUGGGAAGAAUCUGUUGUUAUUGUCAGCGUAUUUGUUAUAGGUUUUUGCACCACUUACGCAAAACUGUACCCCACAUUCAAGCCGUACGAAUAUGGUUUCAGGGUCUUCUUAUUGACAUAUUGUUUUAUCAUGGUAUCCGGAUAUCAGAAGGGAGAUUUUUUACAUACAGCAGUAACCCGAUUCUUGCUCAUUGCAUUGGGGGCUGGUGUAAGUUUGGUGGUUAAUAUCUGCAUCUACCCUAUUUGGGCUGGGGAGGAUCUGCACAAUUUGGUGGCAAAGAACUUUGCACGUGUUGCUGACUCUUUGGAAGGAUGUAUCAGUGGUUAUCUUCAUUGUGUUGAGUACAAGAGGAUUCCUUCAAAAAUUCUUACUUACCAAGCUUCUGACGAUCCAGUGUAUAGUGGCUACAGAUCAGCUGUGGAGUCUACCAGCCAAGAAGAUUCUCUGUUGGGUUUUGCUAUAUGGGAGCCGCCUCAUGGUCCUUACAAAACGCUUAAUUACCCCUGGAAAAACUAUGUCAAAGUCGGUGGCUCGUUAAGGCAUUGUGCAUUCAUGGUCAUGGCAUUGCAUGGAUGUAUUCUCUCUGAAAUACAGGCUCCUGCUGAGAGAAGACUAGUUUUUCGCGAUGAACUGCAGAAGACAGGUACUGCAGGUGCCAAAGUAUUACGUGAGAUUGGAAAAAAGUUAAAAAAGAUGGAGAAGUUAGGAAUGGUGGAUAUACUUGAAGAAGUGCAUGAAGCAGCAGAGAACUUGCAGAAAAAGAUUGAUCAAAAGUCAUACCUUCUCGUCAAUUCUGAAAGCUGGGAAAUUGGAAGACCAACAAUAGUACUAGAAGAUCCUGAAGAUUUUCAAACAACAGAUUGUGACGAAAAAAGAUUUCCAGAAUACAAGUCUCGCAGUGAAACUGUGCUAGAUCUUAGCUCACUCCAGGGGAACUGGGAUUUUAGCAAAUCUAACGUGGAUGACAAAUCUAACACAAGCGAAACCUUCAGUAAAAACAGUUCUGCAGCUACAAACCAAGAAAAAUCGAAGACGUAUGAGAGUGCUAGCGUGUUGUCUUUGGCAACGUUUGCAUCGCUUUUGAUUGAGUUUGUUGCAAGGCUCCAAAAUCUUGUUGAUUCAUUCGAAGAGUUGAGCAUCAAAGCUAACUUCAAGGAACCUAGUGAUGAGGCAGUUGCAGAAGUAGAAGUUAUGAGCUUGUGGAGCAGGUUUUGUAGGUUUUUCAAAUAUAAGAAAAGAGAAGACUGCUUACUAGUUUAACAAAUGGUGUCUAGACAUUGAUGGCUUGCUGUCAGUGGUAGUUGAAUAUAUAUUUGUAGAACUUUGAACAUAGUACAGGAUUUAACUCUAAAGGCCAACCAUAUAUAGCAAAGCUGUCAGAUGCCAUCUAAUUUCAAGAAGAUUUACUUUAGUUUUC